AUGGCAAAGAACCUCAUGAACUCUAUCAGCUUCAGCGUUCUCUUGCUUAUCCUCCUGAUGGCUUCAAACGGAAUCCUAAAGAGCGAGUCAACGUGUGUUUUAGGCGAGUGUGGGCUUGACCCAUACACAGGUACAGAUGCUGAUUGUUGUACGUGUUGCACAGCCAAAUACACGGUUUCGCUGUUGGGCGAAAGUUGA